AUGCCAUUCCUCGAAAUCGCUCAGCCAAAACUUAAGAAAGACUCAACGCUCGUGAAACACGUCGAAGAACAUCUCGCGCCACAACUCUCCGCAAAGCUGCAACACAGCGGCGUCCUAAACGGAACGCGCGGGUUCCUCGUGACUGAAAACGGUCGAGAUGUAAGAGAUGAGUACAGAGAUAUUGUCUUCUUAGAAUGGCCAAGCCGUCAGCAUCUCCGCGACUUCGCCGCGUCCCCCGAGCUCGCGGAGCACAAAGAAAAGAUGAAACCAUACAUCGACGGACCGACUAACGUGAAGCUCUUCGAGAUCGACAACGACGAUAUAUCAUCGUUUUUCGGCGCGGACGCAGUCGUCGAGUACCUCGCUAUCAAGCCCAACGAUACUUCAGAGGCAGGAGUGCAGAGUGUAUUGCAGUACCUACAGUCCGGACUCUCACAACUCGGCUCAGCUAAGGCGUUGGUCGGAGGUAGUUGCAACCUCGAGACUCGUGAGAUCGCCGUCGUAAGCAUAUACGCGAGUGAUGCUGAUCUCAACGCUGCCAAAGCAGCAGCAGCUCGACAGCAACUCCUCGCCGAGCUCGCGAAGACAGUUAGUACGACGAGCCUAGUUGCUCAUGUCAAGAAGGUAAUCCCUCUAGGAGAGAAGUAA